GAAGUUAAAUUACAGACCUAUAAACUUUCUGAGAUAACAACAUGGAAAUUGUCUUAUGUUUAGGUGGAGAUUUUAUUAAACAUUUUAUGAGAAAGGCUUUCUGAAUAUUUCGAGAGCGUGCACAAAGUCCAGAUUCUUUCAUUGUCAAGAAGGAUAGGCAGAUCCAUGACGGUUCAAUGGUAUAAGGAAUACGGGAGAGAUUUUAACUGCUCCCUGUUUGAUGAAUCAGUCCUGGGAACAUAUUAACUAAUGAGACAUUGGACAUUAUCACUCUGGUACUAAAUAGCUUUGAACAGCCUUUCCCUCUAGUAAGCACACAGAUGCAUAUGUUGUGAUACACUGGUUUAAAUACUAAAUUUCUACUUGUCAUGUGUGGACUGAAGGAUGCUGCUUAUUUUUACUGACUAUGAAAGGAUGUCUCUUAAAAGCCUCAUCAGUGUAUGAUGGGCUGCUCAUCUCUGGAAGUCAUGGAGGACCUAAACUCGAUGGCUGUAGGCCCUUUGAAGCGCAAAAUACGACAGAGGAGAAGAAUUGGUGAGAUUAUCAAGACCAAGUUGCAGCGAAACCUAUCCUGCUCAGUACCUAAAGUGAAGAGUACUCUAACAGGCCUCUUCCCUGUAGUUCAAUGGCUUCCAAAGUACAAAGUAAAGGAAUAUAUUUGGGGCGAUGUGAUGUCUGGGCUCAUUAUUGGCAUCAUAUUAAUCCCUCAAGCCAUCGCUUACUGUCUUCUGGCUGGCUUGGAUCCAAUCUAUGGCUUAUACACAUCCUUUUUUUCAAACAUCAUAUAUUUUUUCAUGGGGACAUCAAGACAUGUAUCAGUGGGUAUAUUCAGCCUAAUGAGUCUGAUGGUUGGACAAGUUGUGGACCGAGAGGUCUAUCUAGCAGGAUUUGAUAUGAAUGAAGACACUAAGCAAAAUGUGUUUGACGUUGGGUUAAAUGGCACUGGAGACACCAACAGCACUGUUGUCAACUUGAAGAUCAUGGCUUUGAAUAUGGAAUGCGGAAAGGAAUGCUAUGCCAUUAGUAUUGCUGCAGCUUUAACAUUGCUUGCUGGUGUCUACCAGGUACUGAUGGCCGUGCUUAGGCUUGGGUUCGUCUCAGUUUAUCUCUCUGCCCCUAUGCUUGAUGGCUUUGCCACUGGUGCAUCAUGCACUAUUCUCACUGUCCAGGCUAAAUACUUGCUUGGCCUUAAGAUCCCUCGCCACCAAGGCUAUGGCACAGUUGUGGUCACUUGGAUCAACAUUUUCAAAAACAUUCACAAGACUAACUUUUGUGAUUUGAUAACAAGUGCCAUUUGCAUUACAGUACUAGUUGCAGGAAAGGAGCUACAGGAUCGGUUUAAGGACCGUAUAAAGAUACCACUGCCCACAGAACUGGUAGUAGUGGGAGUUGCCACUAUAGUUUCCCACUUUGCUGAUCUAAAUGGACUAUAUAGCUCUAGUAUCUCAGGUGCCAUUCCAACUGGUUUCAUUCCCCCAAAGGUGCCCAGCAUUGAACUGAUGCCCAGGGUAGCAUUUGAUGCCAUUCCAUUAGCGGUCAUCAGUUUUGCAUUUACCGUUUCCCUGUCAGAGAUGUUUGCUAAAAAGAAUGGUUACACAGUUAGGCCCAACCAAGAAAUGAUAGCAAUUGGGUUCUGCAACAUAAUACCAUCUUUUUUCCACUCUUUCACUACAAGUGCUGCUCUUGCCAAAACAAUGGUGAAAGACUCAACAGGAUGCCAGACUCAGGUCUCCAGUGUAGUGAGUGCCUUAGUGGUUCUUUUAGUCCUCCUCUUUUUUGCACCAUUUUUCUAUGCACUGCAGAAAUGUGUCCUCGCCUGCAUUAUCAUUGUCAGUCUGAGGGGUGCCCUGCAUAAAUUUAAAGAUGUCCCUAAGCAGUGGCGUGAAAGCAAGAUUGAAACAGUUGUCUGGAUGGUUACCAUGAGCUCAUCUGCUCUAAUUAGUGUGGAGAUUGGAUUGCUGAUUGGGGUGGUCUUUUCCAUGAUUUGUGUGGUGGUCCAGACUCAAAAUCCUAAGGUUGCACUACUGGGACAUAUUGAACAAACCAAUGACUAUGAGGACAUGGAAGAAUAUGAUGAUCUUUUGCCAGUUCCAAAAGUCAAGAUCUUCCGAUUUCAGGCCCCUCUAUUCUAUGCCAACAAAGACUUCUUCCUAAAGUCAUUAUACAAAGCAAUAGACCUUGAGCCAUUCCUUGAAAUAACCCGCAGAAGAAAGCUGGAGAAAAAAGCAAGAGAAAAGUCUGCAAAGAAGACCAAUGGACUGGAGCAAACAAAUGGAGAUGUUAGUAUAAACUUGAUUUCAAAAGAGUUUGAUUUUCAUACAAUCAUCUUGGACUGCUCACCCAUCUCGUUAAUAGACACAACAGGAGUGAGCACCCUUAUAAUGGUAUUAAAAGACUUUAAGGAAGUUGGUGUGAGUGUAAUUCUAGCUUGCUGUAACACAACAGUUAUAGAUUCUUUAAGAAGGGGUUCUUUCUUUGGGGCUGGAGAGAAAGACAUGGAAAGAUUGUCAUUCCAUACCGUACACAGUGCUGUUUGUUUUGCCACUGGUAUGGCACAACCAGUUAAUGACUCAUCUGUGUAAUGUGUCCACAAAAGGGCCACAGCUAAAAACAAAAUAUUAAACUCUGUGAAAAUGUCCUCAUGUUAAAUAGUUUUUAGAAAUCUUAAUUUGAUGGCAAACAACUACUCCUUUUUGAGUGAAACAUUAAUUCUGAAUGUUCACCUAUAGGGCAGACUUUGCACAGUAAAAGGUUAAAAUGUUGCUACCUUAGGAAGCUAAAUGAGGUAUUCCUUAUGGAGCUAAAUUAGGUAUAUCUACCUAGCUAAUUUGACCUUUAAAAUGACCUUUGUAGGUGUAAAUUAAUGCAGAAAAUAAUUUAAAUAAUAUGUUUGACUUGGAUGAAAUAUGAAGCAUUUUUAGGGUAUUUUUUACACUGUGGGUUAUUAUACAUACUGAAAAACAGAACUGCAUUUAUGCUUCAAAGUUAAUCAGUGUGUGUGUGUGUGUGUGUGUGUGUGUGUGUGUGUGUGUUUGUGUACACAUGUUUAUACUACUUUGUCCCCACAAGUAUAGUAAAACCUGAGAUCACCUACCUUGUGGGGCAAGACCAGCAGUCCCCACAAGGGAAAUGGCUUAUUAAAUAUUCUUUUUUGAAAAUGUAAAAAUGUUUCUGUGAGGGUUAGGUUUAGGAGUAGGGUUAGGGGAUAGAAAUUGUCGUUAGAUCUGUACAAAAUCCAUAAAAUGCACAGAAGUCUAUGGAGAGUGCCCACACUAAUAUAAAAACAAGUUUGUGUAUUUGUGUGUGAGCGUGCGUGUGUGCGUACAGGGGGGUAGAGGGGGGCAGGGAGGGGUAGGGGUUAAGGGGUAUAGUUUAUAUGAAUAGUAUCUUAAAGGAAUAGUUCACCCAAAAAUCUAAAUGAUCUCAUCAUUUACUCACCCCCAUGCCAUUCCAGAUAUGUAUGCCUUUCUUUAUCUGCAGUAAAUAAAUUAUGAUUUUUAACAGAAUAUUUCAACUCUGUUGGAACUUACAAUACAAGUGAAUGGUGACCAGAAAUUUGAAGGCCCAAAAGGCAGUAUAAAAGUAUUCAGUGGUUAAAUAAUGUGUCUUCUGAAGUGAUCUAAAGUGUGUGGGUGAAAGACUGGGAAAAAAAAAACUUUUUUUUUUACUGAAAAUCUACAAUUUCUCUCCCACAAAGUUUGUAGUUUGUAGUGCGUGUGUCUGUUUUACUAGAUUAAAAAAUAUCUGUGUUUUCUGAACUGUUUCAAAUGACAAAUCAAGCCAUAUCUCUUCGGAGAAAGUACAUAACGUGACAGAUCUCUGUAGUAUUAAGUGUGAUUUUCAUGAAUAACUUUACGUUAAUUAAUGUAUUUUCUUUAAUGUGUAAUUUUAGUAGCACUGUGAGGAGAUUUUGUUUUUGUAUUUGUUUUCACCUGUCAGUGAUAAUGACAAUUACAAACAUGAAGGACCAUGAGAAGGCAAUACUGUUCUGUGAUUUUAUAAUUGCCUGUUAUACUGUAUUUUAAAUGUCAUGGUGUUUUAUGGUCAACUUGUGGAAAUAAAAGAGACUGUGAGGUGGAAAAUUCAA